UCUCUUUCUAGAUUUUCUUUUACAUCAAAUUAUCUAUCCAUCUAUCUACCUUUCAUGCUCUUUCACCACUCCUUUCAAAAAAACUAUCAUUAAUCAAUUCAUCUCUCUCUCUCUCUCUCUCAACACUCAAGAAGCGAGACACAGAGGAGAGUCUUCUUCUCUGUUUUGUCUCUCUGGCUAUAUAUUCACACAAUUUGUGAACGGACACAAAACAACACAAACACAAUUUGUGUUCUUUUUGAUCUUCUUCCUCUUUUGAAGCUUUGUUUCAGGCGUCAAUGGCGGGGACUGGAAUUUUCACAGAGAUUCUAGACGGAGAUGUCUACAAAUACUACUCUGAUGGAGAGUGGAAAAAUUCUUCCUCCGGUAAGAGUGUCGCCAUCGUGAAUCCAUCCACGAGGAAGACACAGUACAAGGUCCAAGGUGUCUCUCAUCAAUUUACUGAGGUUGUGAGGUCUGGAGAUUUGAUCUCUUAUUGUGCUGAAGAAGGUGUUAGGAUCUUAGGUGAAGGGAAGUUUCUGCUCUCUGAUAGCUUCCCUGGUAAUGAACGUACUAAGUACUGUCUCACUUCCAAGAUUCCACUUGGUGUGGUUUUGGCUAUUCCUCCAUUCAAUUAUCCAGUCAAUCUCGCUGUAUCCAAGAUUGCUCCUGCUUUGAUCGCUGGAAACUCACUUGUCCUCAAACCUCCAACUCAAGGAGCUGUUUCUUGCCUUCAUAUGGUGCAUUGCUUUCACUUAGCUGGUUUCCCAAAAGGUCUCAUUAGCUGCAUUACCGGAAAAGGCUCUGAGAUCGGAGAUUUCCUCACGAUGCACCCUGCUGUGAACUGCAUUAGUUUCACUGGUGGUGAUACCGGAAUCUCAAUCUCCAAGAAAGCUGGUAUGAUUCCUCUUCAAAUGGAACUUGGAGGAAAAGAUGCAUGCAUUGUCUUGGAAGAUGCUGAUCUUGAUUUAGUCGCUUCCAACAUCAUCAAAGGAGGAUUCUCCUACAGUGGGCAGAGAUGCACUGCGGUUAAGGUAGUGCUAGUGAUGGAAUCAGUGGCCGAUGAGCUAGUUGAGAAAGUGAAAGCUAAAGUGGCCAAACUCACGGUGGGACCUCCUGAAGAGAACUGUGAUAUAACGGCUGUGGUGUCAGAAUCUUCAGCCAAUUUCAUUGAAGGAUUGGUGAUGGAUGCUAAGGAGAAAGGAGCAACGUUUUGCCAAGAGUAUAAAAGAGAAGGUAACUUGAUUUGGCCUUUGCUUUUGGACAAUGUUAGACCGGACAUGAGGAUCGCGUGGGAGGAACCGUUUGGUCCUGUCUUGCCUGUCUUGAGGAUCAAUUCUGUUGAAGAAGGCAUUAAUCAUUGCAAUGCUAGUAACUUUGGCCUCCAGGGAUGUGUAUUCACAAAAGACAUCAACAAGGCAAUGAUGAUCAGUGAUGCAAUGGAGACAGGAACCGUUCAGAUUAACUCUGCUCCAGCUCGUGGACCAGACCACUUCCCUUUCCAGGGACUAAAGGACAGUGGAAUAGGAUCACAAGGAGUGACGAAUAGCAUCAAUUUGAUGACUAAAGUGAAGACCACUGUCAUUAACUUGCCUACACCUUCUUACUCUAUGGGUUAGUUUCCCUCUAUGUUUUUCAUCUUAGAAUCAAAUCAAUCGGUCUUGUUUCUAUCGGAUUGAAUCGAAUAAAAAUGGAGUGAUUAGCGUAACAAUUGUGGUUUGUAAUCUCUAUGUAAUCAAUAAGAGGAUAUUGCUUUAGUAUAACAUAUAAUGUAAUGCAAAAGAUUCUGAAGAGGGAGUGAGAGAUUGAUUGUGUUGUGUUAUAACAGGAGCCGGUUUCAUCUCACGACUGUGAUUGAAGCACAAAGAUCCUUUUUGA